AGCUAAAGUGAUAGUCUUUUCUAUAAAUAUACAGCUGUCAAUAGAAAGUAUGAAUAAGUUCUUAAUAGCAGUAAUAGUAAUAAUAGCAUAUAUAACUAGCACUAGAUCCACGAAAGAAAAAGAAGAAAACGACAAAGAUAAGAAAGAAAACGGCGAAAAUAGCACUAGUGAUAAGCCAAAUAGCUUUCUAGGCCCGUUUUUCUCAAAGGCCAUCGGUGCGGGAGAGAGAAUUGCUGGGGCAACACCCGCAGGAAUAGCUUUAAAAGAAGCACAGGGUCUAGUAGAGAAUGAUGAAGAUAAAAAUGGAGAUGAAGAUGGAGAAAAAGAAGAGAAAGAAGGAAACAAAAAAACUACAGAUAGCAAAAAACCCGAAAAUAAUGAUGAAGAAGCAGCCAUAAAUGCAAAAGAGGAAGAAGGAGGCAAAAAAUCUAAAGACACAAAGCCAAAUAGUAAAUCAAGAAAGAGAAGCAAGAAAUCCAAAAAAGGCGAUAAUAAAGCUGAAGAAGGUAAUCCAUCGGGUAAAUCAAAGAAAUCCUCCAAAAAGUAGUAUAUUCUCCC